GAAAGGGUGGGGUGAGGGGAGGGAGAGAGAGAGUGACAGAGCAAGAGAGAGAGAGAAACAGAGCUGCCUAGAUGGAGCGGUAGACACCGACGGAGAGAGGGAUAAAGAGAGAGAGAGAUAGAUAGAUAGAUAGAGAGACGGAUAGAGAGAGAGAGGGGAUAGAUAGACAGAGAGCGCCGAGGCCCUGGUUCAUUUAUCAGUGAGCAGCAGACAGUGUGAGCGAUUGAACGAGUGAACGAACCGACACACUUGGAGGAGAGAGUGAGGGGCGAGGCUGCUGCUCUUGCUGCGGUGCACCGGUAACCAUGGCGCAGCCGUCUCCGUGUGCAUCACCGGGUGCUCGUCGCCGUAGCGACGGUUCGGUGAGAGAGUGUCUCUUUUUCCCCGUUUUGGAACGCAACGAACAGGAGAGACUGGAGGCCCUGGUGAGAAGAAGGGAGAGAGGAGGAGAGAGGGACAGACGGAUUGGGGAGGACAGGCCUAAACGCUGGACCUGGGGAGGACCACCCGGAGGGGAAGAGGGUAACCCUAAGACCCCACCCUCUCAUGCUAUUGGCUCAGCUCUGCCUCAUCAUCCAGCCUCUGCUGCCAGUCCCAACCAAUCCAGGAACGUGUGUGACUUCCUGACACCACCCACCCCGGACCAGCCAAUCACCAAACGCCUCUCCAACUCUUCAGCCUCCCUGCACUCACCAGAAAGAGCAUCCCCCAGCCCCCAGCGACCGGCCUACAAAGCUUCCCCCUCCAGGAAGACAAGCAAUGGACCCCCGGAGGACAAGACCCCCAAAACACCCACAACAGAGAGAGGCCCCGCCUCCUGUCUGACUGACUCUUCAAUGAGACGCCUCGAAUCUCCGACCACUCCCACCCGAAGCUCCUCCCCCAGAGCCCAGGGCAAAGGACUGGGCACGCCCAAAAGGGGUAAGUCGACUAAGAGUCGUGCCCAGUCCCCCUGCUCCCCGGGACAGUACCCUCCCUCCCCCCUCCGCCAGCGACCCUCGGUAACCGAGGGCAACCAUGAGGCCAGGGGUCAUGGAACCCUGGAGAGGAAGUCCUCCAAGCCGGACGCACCAGAGAAGAAGAUCCCCAAGUCCUGCAGCAGAGACCUGGCGGCAGAGUCUCCAGGUACGCCCACAGGCAGGAAUGUUGCUGGGACAACGGAUGCGGAGGAGGCGUCUAGACUGUUGGCUGAGAGGCGGCGUCUGGCCAGAGUACAGAAAGAACAGGAGGACAAACUACGACAGGAGGAGGAGAGGAUGAGAGCUGAGGAGGAGCUGAGGAGAGAGCAGGAGGCGCUGGAGCGGCAGGCGAAAGAUGCACAACGAGCUGAGGAGGAGAGAGAGAGACGGGAGGAGGAGAGAGAGAGACGGGAGGAGGAGAGGAAGAGCAGAGAAGAGGAGGAGAGAAGGACCAAGGAGAGACGCUGGAAAGACAUGCAGGAUCAGCUGGACCGAGAGAGAGAGGAGGCGUGUCUGCGUGCUCACAGGGAGGCGGAGAGGAAGAGGCAGGAGAGAGAACUGCUGCAGAUACAGGAGGAGCAGGAGAGACUGCAGAGGAAGAAGCGGAUUGAGGAGAUCAUGAAGAGGACGCGUAAGAGUGAAACGGACUCCUCAUCCUCAGGUGUGUGUGAUGUGAACGGGGGCCAGGCAGGGCUGGAUCAGGAUGAGUCCGCCCUCAUCACGCUGGGCCCCCUGGAAAGAAAGAGCUGUGGAGGGGACGAGCUGUCUGACGGGGUACAGUCUAUGGACGUCAGCCCAGUGUCCAGGGAUGACUUGGGUAGCGUUCAGGACUUCUCUCCCGUCAGCGAGGCGUUAAACAGCAUGAGUAACGCCCGAACCCUGGAGCACCUUCUGGACCUCACCGCCCUGCCAGACACACCCCCCUACCCCAGGCUGCAGCCGGGCAGUGCUGCAGCCCUGGGAGACCUCAACAAGAACCUGUUGAUACAGGGUUAUAACCCCGCCUCCUUAACUAUCUCCUCCUCCAGCUCCGCCCAGCUUCUCCACAGCCUCAGCCCUGGCAAACUGGACAUCUAGUAACCAGUAUAGUCCUGUAUAGGACUAUUGGCUGUUGGGUGCAAAGAGGAGCUAGGAGCAGCAGGGAGGUCUCUCCUCUCCUCCCUCCUCACCCCACUAGAGAGAGAGACCAGCUCCCUGCACCUCCACCCUCACCCCUCUUCAGGGGAGAGACGUUCCCCAUGCACCCCCGGACUCCACAGAGAACAACAACCGCUCAAUGUCUGGCUCCCCCCUUAUAUCUACAACUCAACACAUCUACAGCUGAAUUCUCCUAUGUAAACACACACUGACAUGUACACACAUGCACACACACUCAUGCACACAUACACACACACGGUUAAUACUCUCCCAGUAAAGUAAAGCUUUUUCUCUGUGCCCUGGCUGUAUGAUAUUGUGUAUAAAGGUGUGUCAGUGUUUGGAGGCUGAUGUAAUAUGGUUGUGUUAUCCUCCUGUAGCAUUAAUUAUGUGGUUAACACUGACCCUGUGACCCUGUAGCAUCUUCACUGGAGAACACCUCCUCCUGUUGCACAGCUGUAACUCUAGGUAGAAGUUGCAACUAACCACAGAUCUAGAAUCAGAUUAUUCUAACCCUCAAUAACCUUAACCAUUGGGCAGAUGAAAAUAUAAUCUGACCCUGUAUCAGUGGUUAGGGGCAGUGUCAGCCUACUUGUUGUAACGACUAUGUUAGGAGUUUCUUUCUGUCAGUGUUUCUAGUGGUGGUCGGUUAUGAUCAUCACAGCACCACUGACGCGCUGUACUACUGUUCUCCAGGAGUCUACUAUCGCUAUGUAGAACUCAGCUAGCCAGUCUAAAUGUUAGCAUCCUGCAACUGGAGAAACCUACUCAUCUACAGAUGUGGAUGAUAUAGUAUAGAAAGACAAAAGUCUGGCCUCAGUUGAUAUGCUUCAGUCCACCAAUGCUCCAUAGCUUUAGUGGUGCGUAAAAAAACGUGGAAGACUGGAGCAUUUCUUAAUAUAAUCUGUGCAAAAAUAAAAGAAAACUGAACAGUCUUGUAUAUUUUUUGCUAUUUGCAGGGUUGGGGGAUAUUGAAAAGAUGUGGCGUGUGUUUUUGGCUCACUGUGCUGUGCGUGCGCUAGCUGUGGUUUAGUUAGUGUCUGGUCGUGUAACACAGCUCUGAAAACACUCAUCCCUACUCUGUUCUGGAAAUACUGCUCUCUUUAUCUUGCCUCUACUUUGAACUGGACUGUCCUUGCUGCAACUCACAGACCUAGCAACUACCAGUCAACCUACAGCAGGGGUCUCCAACUUUGGAGCUACUGGGUGGUCCUGGAGCUAUUGGGGGUGCAGGAUUUCGUUCCAGCCCUAUAGUAACAAACCUGAGUCCACUAAUCAUGGUCCAGACUGAAGACGGUGAUUAGUUGAAUCAAGUGGGUUUGAGGCAGGGCUGGAACAAAAGCCUGCACAUCCAGGCCAGUAGCUCUCUAGCAUCUACAGUUGGAGAACCCUGUCCUACAGUAUCUCACCAGUCUGUGUAUUCACUCAAUCAGUCAACUCUGUAACAGACUCUGGUGUGCAACAGCUAUAAUCACUGUGACUGGGUCUUUACCUCAUGGAGAUCUAUCUCACUACAGAGGACGCUUCACAGUCUUCUGUCUACUACUGCUGUGAAUUCUACCAAUCAUACAUCCUUCCUGUACUGUAACUGUCUCGUACCGAUCUUUCUGUAACACCUGCCUAUGCUUUGCUCUCAGGGUGAGUGUAGCUCAGCAUGUGUGCUCCCUCCCCUCGCUGUUUUAAUCUCUGUUUCAGUUCCCCCUGAAGGGUACUGUCAGGUGUCAACCAUUCCUCAUGACCCAGCUAACCCUGUGAAGGGAUGGCCACUGAAUACUGUCUAUAAUGGCUGUAAAAAUGAUGCUGUAUCGCAAUUACUGGACUAGAGUAGGAAAAGGCCUGGAAUGUCUGAUUAUCUUUGUUGUCUUCAGUGCGCUGGACUCUUCAUUUAGUUGCCAUGUCUGUCCGUCCAGCAGCCAGUCCGUCCAUCUCUCUUCCUCUCUCUUUCUGUGCUCAUUCAUUAUCUAAUGCUUUCUUUGUAUCCUAAGGGUAAAUGGAGUAAACUUAAAACUUAAGGUCAGAAUGUUAUUCACUAAAAGUCACUUAACACUGUCACUGCAGCUUGGUGGAAAUAUAACUGUAGACGUGGUGCAUGGAUCUAACUGCUGAAAAACAACAAUAAAACGUCAUCAAGCCA